AUGUUUAAUCUAAAGAAAAAAUCAAUAAUAAUACUUGGGAUAACGAUUCUGCUUUCCGGUAUAAAUUUAUUAUCAGUAGAGUGUGCUGUCCUUGAAAAACGAAGAUUCAGCGGAAAAGCAACUUUCUAUAAUCCGGAUAUAGGCUCAUGCGGACAGAAAAAUUCCGACACAGAUUUUAUAUGCGCGUUAAACAAACCACAAUGGGGUAAUCCAUCAAAUCCAAAUGCUAAUCCGUUUUGCGGGAAGAAACUUAUUGUUUAUGGACCAUUGGGAUCGGUCAUUGUGACAGUACAAGAUAGUUGUCCUCAUUGUGGUUUUGGAGAUUUGGAUUUAACUCCGGUCGCUUUUAAUAAAAUUGGUGAUCCUAAUGCUGGUUUUGUUUCAAUGACAUGGGAUUGGAUAGAUGGAAGCGGUGGUGGUGGUAGUGUUCCUUCUGCAACCCCAACGAGUUCAUCAUCAUCCCCAUCAUUUCCUUCUCCAACUUUAUCCGUGGAAACCACCCAGCCAAUAAAAAAUCAACCAUUAUCUGUAGAAUCAGAAAAGAAUUACGUUAGAACCGCUCUGUCAUUCUUAGAUGGAAUAGUCGUAUAA